AUCUUUUGCCGACUCGAAUUGUGUAUUGCUUUUGACAAGAAGCUAUGGGAUUAGCAAAAUAGUUCAGAGGUGCGAUCUUUUUGGUCGCCUCUAACAACGUUUUUCCAUUACCUUUUUAUAUGUGACAUAGUGAUACUGUUCCAAGGGAGCCCUGGUAGAUAUCAUACUGUCCUACGGAAGAAUGUUAAUAUCAGUGGCCUUCAGUGGAGCUGUAAAACUUACUACCUGAGCUAGCCAGUUAGCCAGCAAGGUAGCGCGUUGCAGGCUUCAGGUCGACGACAUAAUUGGCUGCUCUGCCAUUGGGAACAUAUUGUGCUCGUCUGUCAGACCAAUCCAACUCUCAUCGGAGAUAAUAUCCGUGAUGGUAUAUUAAGUCCAGUUUAUCUGUUAGGGUCGCUUUUGUUACGUUAUUUCUCCGUGGGAUAUGACUGACUAGCUAGGGAGCGAGCUAACAUUAACUUAGCCAGUGCCUACUGGGUUAGCAGAGCGCUGCUCUCAUUGCACUGGCUAAAAAUACACUUCUUGUCCCAUGCUCUUUGCCCCUCCAAAAGUGGUGGGCUAGUCCACAUUGGACCUGUCUUCGGCUUUCUGGUCAUCUUGCUCGGUUUCGGCACUCUACAUGGUCACUACGGUAAAUUUAAGACGACUGGACGAGCGAGGUUGUGAGCCGAGCUGGUCUGAUCUAAGGUUCUAUCGUACCAGUUGGUGGGCUUCGCGACUUUGGCUGAUCGGUGGCCAAACAUUUUGCCUCAAUGGCCUUUUCCUGUCAUCAGUAGUAAUAUAACAAGUCGUGGUCUAGCACAGGGUUGCGAGACCGAAAGCCUGCGAAGGUCAGCGAACGCCUUGUUUCCACUUUCAGCUGUGAGAUUGGCAAAGCAGAUUUCAUCUGUCUGGAGCAGGACACUAUGUCGGAGGAUAAUAACGCAGACAAGUUCAUCAAGGAGACUUCCAUACUUGACGAGUACAACAUUAACUGGACACAGAAGUUGGGAGCUGGCAUCAGUGGACCUGUCAGAGUGUGUGUGAAAAAGUCAACUCAGGAACGCCUCGCCCUGAAGAUUCUCAUUGAUCGCCCCAAGGCCAGAAAUGAGGUACGUCUCCAUAUGAUGUGUGCCCACCACCCGAACAUAGUGCAGAUCCUGGAGGUGUACGCCAACAGUGUCCAGUUCCCCCACGAGUCUAGCCCGAGAGCGAGGCUCCUCAUAGUCAUGGAGAUGAUGGAGGGUGGCGAGCUGUUCCAUAGAAUCAGUCAGCACAGGCACUUUACUGAAAAGAUGGCCAGUCAGGUCACCGAGCAGAUCAGUCAAGCCUUGGACCACUGUCACUCUUUGAAUAUUGCACAUCGUGACCUGAAGCCAGAGAACCUUCUCUUCAAGGAUAACUCUCUGGAUGCACCAGUGAAGUUGUGUGACUUUGGGUUUGCCAAAAUUGAUCAAGGAGACUUGAUGACCCCUCAGUUCACUCCUUACUACGUGGCACCUCAGGUACUUGAGGCUCAAAGAAGACACCAGAAAGAAAAGUCUGGAAUUAUACCUACCUCACCCACUCCUUACACCUAUAACAAGAGCUGUGACCUGUGGUCUCUUGGUGUGAUCAUCUACGUAAUGCUGUGCGGCUACCCUCCGUUCUACUCCAAGCACCACAGUCGCACUAUCCCAAAGGACAUGAGGAAGAAGAUUAUGACCGGCAGCUUCGACUUCCCUGAAGAUGAGUGGAGCCAGAUCUCCGAGAUGGCCAAGGACAUUGUACGGAAGCUGCUUAAAGUGAAGCCGGAGGAGAGGCUGACUAUUGAAGGAGUGCUGGCUCACCCUUGGCUCAACUGCACUGAGGCCCUGGACAAUGUGCUGCCAUCUGCCCAGAUGAUGAUGGACAAGGCGGUAGUGGCAGGGAUCCAGCAGGCUCAUGCAGAGCAGUUGGCCAACAUGAGGAUUCAGGAUCUGAACGUCAGCCUGAAGCCCCUAAACUCUGUUAACAACCCAAUCCUCAGGAAGCGGAAGCUACUAGGCCCAAAGCCCAGUGACGGUUUCUUCAUUGACCCAGAGAACGGGGGGGAGGACUCUAACGUAGCACUGGAAAAACUAAGAGAUGUCAUUGCACAGUGUAUACUACCACAGGCCGGAGAGAACGAGGACGAGAAGCUGAAUGAGGUGAUGUACGAUGCCUGGAGAUUCAACAGAGACUGUAAGCUGCUGAGAGACGGCCUGCAGGGGCUCAGCUGGGACGGACGGGCUUUCUGUGAUAAAGUUGAUCGCUUGAAGUUGGCUGAAAUAGUGAAACAGGCCAUUGCAGAGAAAACGAAUCUUGAAGAAUCUCAUUAGCAAACGCUGUCUUUCUAUCUUCUUUUUAUAUUGUUUAUUAUGAUCCUUUUUAACCCAUAUCUGCUUUUUUAUGUCAAAUGAUUCCCAAUUUUUUCCAUUAAUUCACCUGCAAGACCUAUUGUACAGCUGUAGAUAAUAUUUCAGAGAGGACCUAUUGGUACUAUGAUUUCUUUUUAAAUGGACACUUACAAAGAACAUGGGGGAAAAAUAUAUUUUCAUUUUUGCAAAAAAGAAAAAAGAAGAAAAAUCCAUGAAAGAAAUUAUUUUCUGGGAGGGACUUUUUAUCAGCUGCUUGUCCAAGAUGUUAUACGUUUUAUCCCGGUUAUUUCAUUUUAUGCUAUUUUAUUUCUUUUAACCAUAAGAGUUGUAUUUAUUUAAAAGAGAGCAUUAUUGCAUUAUUUUAUACCUGGCGUGUGUAGCCUGGCAGUGGGCUGUAAAGUUGAGAGAACCUGUCCACGAUGUGACUUUGUUCUUCCACAAUCUUUGAAACUCAGACUGUGUUUAAAUUAUAUGAAAAUUAGUUUUUUGCUGCUUAUGCUCAGCCUGAUUGUUUUACAGUGGUCGAGGCAGAGUGAAAAUUGAGGUUUUAAAAAGGUGUCAAAAUAGGAAAUAUGCAGCCUCAAAUGUGUUUUUCUUGGAACUUCUAGGAGACAGCACUUCCUGACUCAACUAUAUACUGCAUGUUUUGACAGGAACCUGAACCAAAAGUCAGAGACUUUAUCUGUGUUACUGUCUUCCUUAGAACGCGGUCUAACAGCAGCCGGCAGGAGUUUAGACUUAUGGUCCAGACUGACGUUUCACUCUCAGCUGGAAUCAUGUAGGUUCCACUGCCUCCUGGUUGCAUCAUUUGCAUGAUGUGCUGAGUCUGUUUGUCCGCUCCUGAAGUUUGUGUUUGGGAAGUAAAACAAACUAUUUCGCAGAUUUCCAUCAGCGCUUUUGUACAUCUACACACACUUAGGUCAUAAGUUCGGCCUUUGUUUAAUGUUGAUCUGUGAAGUAGAUUCAAUCUCAGCUGCUUUGAUGUGAAGUUGUAUCUGCUGGAUUUCAGACCAUGCUCCGUUAAUAUUUAAUUUCUGUUAAAGUAUCGUUGCUUUCUCCUUGAGCCAACAAAAACACAAGAACUACAUUUUUGGUGCAAUGCAGUUGAUAGGAGAUUCUUAUCAGCAGGAAGGUUUUAGCAUCUGUAAACGGGCCUGAUGAGGUUUCAGUCUCGCAAAACUUGAAUGUGCAAUAGGGCAAUAAUUGAAUCAUGCAUUCAUGAUUAAUGGAUGCACACGUUAAUGAGAUGCUAUAUAUCAGUCUAUCAGUAUUACUGUAACAGCUUAGUCUUAUUUUUAAUGGUCUGAAUAGCAGUGAGCGCUCCCUCCCUGUGCUCGUCCUCAUCUUUAAUUGUAAAGGUUAUCAUAUCGGUAAUUAGCCUGAGUUAAAGUCUCACUAGUGCUGUAGACAUAUCUGAUUACUUCUUCAAAGACGUGAUUGAUGUUCUGGCUAUUUUCUACUAAACUGUGCUCAGAUGGCUCAAAGUGGAUUCUCAUUUCAUACUAUUUCUAACCCAGAAAAAUUCAGCUCCCCUUUGAUUAAGUCUUGCACAGAAUUCUUUCUGUAAACAUACUUUCAUGUCAAACUAACUACUGGUCCUAAUUAAAAAAGUAUUUAUUCACACUAUGAAACAUUGGUGCAACAUGUUGUGUCUUUAGUUGUGUUUAUUUUGACAAACUGAAUGAUUGUUUCUUUGUGGGUUUAAAAUUUUCUACUUCCUCCUACAUGAAUAUUUAAAAAGAGGCUAAAACGGGGCUCUUUUUGAAGCCACAUGAUAAUAACAAUAUGUAAACAGAACUUUUUCACAUCAUUUGUAACAGAACUGUUGUUUCUAUACAUUUCUUACUAAGCGUUAAUGUGGUGAAGCUGCGUUUAAGCUACAUGAAGUGAUUCUGAGUUAACAGAAUCUGAUGACAGUUUCCCUUAAAGUAUUGCUUAAAACCUGAAUGACAAACACACUUUCCAAAGGCCUUAUUGUUUCAUGGCUAAAUUGUUAUGCUCCAACGUGCCUUGUUGAUGGGGCAGCAUCUUCACCUUGAACUGCUUUCGUUAGGAUGACGAUAAACCUGUCACAGAGUCACAGUGACUGAGCUGUGUUUCAAUGAGAGGAGCUUCAGCUGGUCAUUCCUCAGCACUGGGAAUAAAUAUGGGAAUGUUGCUGAAAACAUCCUAUCUUCUGCAGAAGAUGCUAAAUAGUAUUGAUUGCUGCCCCAAUUAUUCUGGUUAUUUGUUUAUCAAGUGCACAGAAUCAUCAGAGCUCCUCAAAGUAAAAUCUAAAGCUACUGUUUAGUUGUACAGUGUGUCUCUAUGUACAACAGCGUGUCAUUAUUUUGUGUCUAUUUGUAUCUGGAGGCCUUCCUCUCUUCCCCACUCAUACCUCAUUUAUAUCCUCUGCCCCGAGAGGCCGCGCAUCUAUUAGCGUUUUUCUGCCUAACGAUGAGCGCGUCUGGGCAGUCGCACAGUUGCUCGGUUUAACAAAAACCACAGAGGAAGACGCUGCCCAACCCCCCCCCCGCACCCACUUUGAGCAUGCGCCUCUGCAGGUUGACCCAGCUGUAGACCAAUUUCACAAAUAUAUUGAGUAGCUUCCCCUUUUCACUUAUUUCCUCUUAGGUGCUGAUUGAGAAGAUUUCACAUUUUAUACAAAGAAACAAAAUGUUCACUCGUUCAGUACCAGCUUAUUAAGAUGACCUAAAAGGUGGAGAUGGCCUAGUCAGCACUUCUGCGUUUGAUAAAUACUAGUUGCUUCCAUUUCUGCUGUAUGUGCACUGAACGUAUGAAGAUGUGGGGGUUUUAUCUUGUGUUCUUUGGGUCUGGCUUUAAACUCUGAUGUAAAGAGAAAGAAAUUUUCUACCCUAAUUAAUCAUUCCUGUUAACGCUGAUAAGCCAGGGAGAAAUGUUAAGGAUAACAAUGAUGACAGAACCUUUUCUCUGCUUUACCAGUCUGUUCCAUUUUUCUGGCUAGGCAGUGUAGCAUGCAUGAAAUCCCUGGUAAAGGCCUUGCUGUUUCUGUCAACAUUGAUUUUUUUUCUGCCCUCUUUGGAAUGUCAUCAACUUGUUGACUUUGUAAUAAAGAAAAUUCUUUGACUUUUGAA